GAUAAAAUAAGGAAUAGAGAGAGGAAGGACAGAAAUGGAGGAAAUCCUAAUCUAUGAUCGAUAGGAUUAGUUACCAUGGAUUUUUCCAUCGUGUAUUUUAUCCUAAGUUCUAAAUCUCCACUCCUUCGACGAUUGAGCCGUCACCUACCUCUUCCUCCCUCCCUCUUUGAUCUCUGCAAUGCCUCUCUCCAAUAGCCAUGAAGAUGAAGUGUCGGAAGCUAUAUUUGUCUGAAGAGCUCCUAAGUCUUUUCAUAGGAUUAGCCAGGAUGGGGCAGAAAUAGGAAGAAAGCCACUAUCGUCUCCUCUGCUGUCUUUGAACCCAGUUCACGUGAAGCCAUUCCAAUGCUCACCAAUCGACGGAUUCGCUCGACCGAGCUCACUCGGUCGUUCUCGAAGCCAUCCGCUCUCCAAUCUCGUUGAAAGACCGAAUCUUUCCCGUUCCGGACGAAGCGAUGUGACUCGGAAGAAAAGCCAUCCCUUUCUCUGAUCCAUGACGGCUUUCAAUCCAUUAGAGAGUAACCUCUUGCCGUAUUGAACACCAUUUACUUGUGUCUUUACUCUUCUGCUGGUAUUGGCCUCCAUGGAGUCGGAGCCCGUCUCUCCAAGGUGUUUGCUUCUCUUCCUCCUCUUGCUUUGUUUCUUUUUUGCUCGCAUUUCCUCCAUUAGAGCUAAAUCUAGCGAUGCGGAGGCCCUUUUGGCUUUGAAGGCCUCCAUUGAUCCUUUGGACGCCAUCCCGUGGCGACGAGAGGCCUCGCUGGAGCUCUGCAAUGGGUGGUAUGGGGUAAAGGAGUGUGCUUCCAAUGGAAGGGUCAGCAAACUCGUGCUCGAGUUCCUCAACCUCACCGGAAUCCUAACGCCGGAGAUCCUCGCCCCCCUCGACCAGCUCCGUGUCCUCAGCCUCAAGUCUAACUCCCUCUUCGGCGCCAUCCCCGAGCUCACCGCGCUCGUCAACCUCAAGUCCCUCUACCUCAACGACAACCGCUUCUCCGGCCGGAUCCCGGCCACCCUCGCCGUCCUUCACCGAAUCAAGGUCGUUGUUCUGUCCGACAACCUCCUAUCCGGUCCCAUUCCGGUGGCCCUGGCCGGAAUCCCCCGGCUCUACACCCUCUUUCUCCAACACAACCGCCUCACAGGGGAGAUCCCGCCUUUGGACCAGCCGAGCCUCCGCUACCUGAACGUCUCAAACAACAACCUCUCCGGCGAGAUCCCAGCCACCCAAGCCCUCUCCCAGUUCAAUCUCUCUUCCUUCCACCACAACCCCAACCUCUGCGGCUCCCAAAUCAAACUCCCCUGUUCUAAAACACCCACCUUUCCGCCUUCCAACAGUCCAAAAUCCUCCAUUUCUUCGACCAUCAAUGCCUUUCCUCCUAUUAUCGCUUCCAAUCACAAAAAAUGCGGUAUCAAAAGACUCAUUGCCAUCGUCGCCGGCUCCAUCGCCGGAGUUCUGGUCCUAUCUACGUGCUUAGCAUUAGCCGUAUGCUUGGUGUUGAGAAGAAAACGGCAAAUCGUAGCAGCGGGAAGCAGAACUCAGGGAGUAGGAGUAGGUAAGUCCUUAGAAGAAGGCUGCGGCGGCGGAGGAAGCGGGGUGGAAGGUGGCGGUGGCGGUGGAGGAACGAAGGGGGGGUUCUCGUGGGAAGGAGAGGGGCUUGGAAAGCUGGUAUUUUGCGGCUGUUUAGGGGAGAUGUAUAGCCUGGACGAGCUGCUGAAGGCGUCGGCGGAGACGCUGGGGAGGGGGACGGUGGGAAGCACGUACAAGGCGGUGAUGGAGUCCGGCUUCAUAGUGACGGUGAAGCGGCUCAAGGACUCGACCCAGCCUGGCGUGGAGGAGUUCCGGCGACGGAUGGAGGAGCUUGGCCGCCUCCGCCAUCCCAAUCUGGUGCCUCUGCGGGCAUACCUACAGGCCAAGGAGGAGCGCCUCCUUGUCUACGAUUACUUCCCCAAUGGCAGCCUCUUCUCCCUCAUCCAUGGAUCCCGGCCCUCCGGCAGCGGUAAGCCCCUCCACUGGACGUCGUGCCUGAAGAUCGCCGAGGACGUCGCCGCCGGCCUCCUCUACCUGCACCAAUCCUCGCCGCCGGUCGUCCAUGGCAACCUCAAGUCCUCCAACGUCCUCCUUGGUACGGACUUCGAGUCCUGCCUCACCGACUACGGCCUCGUCCCCUGCCUCCUCCCCUCCGCCGACGACGACCACCACCUCCCCACCUCCUCUUCCCUCUUCUACCGCGCCCCCGAAACCCGCCACCCCCGAUCCCGCUUCGUCACCCCCCACUCCGACGUCUACAGCUUCGGCGUCCUCCUUCUGGAGCUCCUCACAGGCAAGACUCCCUUCCAAGACCUUGUCGAGGAGCACGGCGCCGACAUCCCCCAGUGGGUACGCUCUGUGCGCGACGAGGAGAAGGAGUCCGGGGAGGACCCGGUGUCGUCCGGGAACGAGGCGUCGGAGGACAAGCUGGCGGCGCUGCUCAACGUCGCGAUGGCAUGCGUGGCGGUGGACGCCGAGCGGCGGCCGGCGACCAAGGAGGUGCUGAAGAUGAUCCGGGACACGCGGACGGAGGUGAUCGUGUCAUCGAACAGCAGCGACCACUCGCCAGGGCGGUGGUCGGAUACGGUGCAGAGCUUGCCAAGGGAACGUGGGCCAGAGCAUUUGAACUUUGGAGAGAGGGACUGAUUCCGGUUUUUUUCGGUUUUUAAAUGAUUCUUCUCUUCAACGGCCAAGUUGUAGAGUCCCUGGAGUGUGGUGUGCUACUUUGAGAUUUGAGAGAUUAUUCGAGAUUGGAUUUUUCCUCUCUUUUUUUUCUUUUUUUUUUUCUUUUUUCCUACUGGAAUCUGGCCCCACUUUGUUCUUUUCACUUCUUUGGCUGUUUGAUCUUUCUCCGCCUGGAUUGAUGACUUACCUGUUAGUACCUAUGGAUCUCAAGGGUGCAUGAAAUCCCUCCAAAAGCUCGUAUUUGAAAGUAAUGUAAGAGUAACAGAUUCUGAUGUAAACACUGUUUGACAGGAUACAUCCAUAUGAUAUAUGGGCCCUCACAAAUUUGAAGGGGACUACUGUUGAAUCGUGAUACACUGGGGGACAUGAGGGCCCAUGAUCCUGCUCUUGAAAGGGACAGACAUGUUUGCUGGAAAGUGUAUCUAUAUGCACGUCGUAUCUGGACGAGUGAGGAUCAUGGAGUGAUGCUCCAGUAUAAGAAAGAUGGUUGCCACCCAGCAAAAGACAAUGAGGCCAUGCUACUCAAAAGAAGACAUAUGCAAGAUGUGCAUGAUAACAAUAAGGAGCAGUUGAUUUCAAA